AUGCUCAGACUUCUUCUCACAUCCGUAGUGGCUGCGGUGGUCAGUGCCAAAUGCUAUGAACCUACUUUUGCACAUCCAUUGCCAGAGUAUGAUGUCGGUGACGCGCUCCCUGCACAUGCGUUUGCCGAACUCAACACAGCCAUCACGUCCGCUGUUGCGGCACCCGAAUUUGCAGCGACAUCUUUUUCUAUAGCGAUCACGUCUUCGAAACAGACACUAUGGUCGAAGCAUCACACGGCUCGCGAACGAAACGCUUCUCGCCCCGACAUUGCGGAAGUCAAUGGCGACGCGCUUUAUCGAAUCGCGAGCAUCACCAAGACGUUCACUGUCCUUGGAGUCUUAUAUCAAGAAAAAGCGGGCAACCUGAGCUUGGAUGAGCCAAUUGACAAGUACAUAGUGGAACUAAAGGAGGCCCAGAAUGGUACCUUGCCGUGGAAGGACAUCACAUUGCGAAGUCUAGCCAGCCAGCUUAGUGGCAUACCGCGCGAAUGGGCUCAGGGAGACUUGAUCAACUUCGAGAAGUGGGGUGUAGAAGACCCGGUCAACUGGGGCUUACCACCAGUGUCACGACAGGGUCUGUGUAUUUGUGGCGAGUUCUCGCCUAAUUAUAAGAAGAUUUGCACCGAGAGUGGUGAGAUACACGCGUUGCUCACAAAUUUUGAGAACGCGCUGCUGACUUACUCUGCUGUAGAUCUUCUCGAUGCUCUGAAGUCAAAGAUACCUAUAUUCGCACCAAACCAGCAAUCAACUUACUCCAACGCCGCUUUCGAGUUACUGGGAAUGGUGCUUGAGCGAGUCACCGGCCAAAGCUACCGCUCCUUCAUUGAAGAAGCUGUGUUCAAGCCACUCAACAUGAGCAAGAGCACGUUGUCUUUGCCACCUGACUCGGCAGGAGUCAUUCCCCUGGGGCCACAGUACUGGGAUGUUGACGAAGGGAUACAGAGCCCCACGGGUGGCAUCUACAGUUCCUCCACAGAUUUGUCGAGAUACCUGCGUUACGUGCUCACACACUUCAACGGCAUCACGCAUGCUCUGAACUGGUUCAACCCAGCAUCGCCCACUCGCGGACUGAACUCAUUCUAUGCAGUUCCGUGGGAGAUUUUUCACACGGAUCGUGCAUUGCAGAACUCGCGUCGCACGGUGCGUUUCAUCACCAAAGGCGGGGGAUUGCCUGGGUAUACCUCAAAUAUCAUCAUUGCGCCCGAAUAUGACCUGGGAAUUACCAUCCUUGUUGCGGGCAACCCAGAGCUGCUUCCGAAGUUGCGAGAAUCUGUCACUGAGUUUGUUCGCCCUGCCGAGCAACUUGCGAUUCGACAACUCAACGAACGCUACGCAGGCACCUACGUCAGCUCCGAUUCGAGUCUGAAUUCGUCCGUUACAAUCGUUGCCGAUCAACGCGGCCUCGUAGUGACCGAGUUCAUCUCGAACUCCACUGACUUCCUACACGUUGGCAUCGUGAACGAAUGGAUUCCCAGGUAUGGCAUUGCGCAACUCGUGCCGACGCUGUUGUAUCGCAAUGCGAAGAAGCAACAAGGCGAAGAGUGGCGCGUCCAGCCAGUCGAGCAGCGUGAUCAUCAAGCAACCCAUGUCUGGGACGACUUUUGCAUGACAGAUAUCGAGGGCCCACUCUAUGCGGGCGUUGCGAUCAACAACUUUGUUUUCUGGGAUAAGAGCGAGGAUGGAGGAGAAUACGAAACUCUUGAGCUCAGCGCAUUCCGUGCAAACCUAACAAAAGUGCCUAGGAAGAGGUUCUUAGAAGAAGAGAGCAUGGAGCUGUAG